GGAAAUCGGGAUCCAAGGCAUAGUCACGGUAGGAAGGAAGGAAGCAAAAGGAGAAGAGAAAAGGAAAGCUGAGAGGAGUAGUAGUAGUAGAAUGAUGAGCGGGAAGUAUUGCUAUGUGUUCUUCUGCAUUCUCGUCACUGCGAUACAUCGCAGCGGCUGCAGCGACUCUGAGGCUUCGAGAAUCGGUAAUGGUUCUAGCAAGGGAUCGCUCAGCCGCCGCAGUUUUCCAGAAGGUUUCAUCUUCGGCACAGCCUCCUCUGCUUAUCAGUACGAAGGCGCUGCCAAAACAGCUGGUAAAGGGCCUAGCAUAUGGGAUACCUUCACCCACAAACAUCCAGGUAAAAUAAAGGAUGGUAGCAAUGGAGAUGUGGCCAUCGAUUCUUAUCAUCGCUACAAGGAAGAUGUGGGGAUUAUGGUAGAAAUGGGCCUGGACUCAUAUAGAUUCUCGAUCUCAUGGUCUAGAGUGUUACCAGGUGGAAAGCUAAGUGGUGGGGUGAACCAGGAAGGAAUCAAAUACUACAAUAACCUCAUAGAUGAGCUCCUAAGAAAAGGUAUAAAGCCAUUCGUGACUCUAUUUCAUUGGGAUCUUCCACAAACAUUGGAAGAUGAAUACGGAGGGUUCUUAAGUCCUAAAAUUGUGGAUGACUUCAAAGAUUAUGCAGAACUUUGCUUCAAAGAAUUUGGUGAUAGGGUGAAGAACUGGAUUACAUUGAAUGAGCCAUGGUCCUAUGUCACAGGUGGGUACGUAGAUGGUCACUUGGCACCAGGUCGAUGCUCAUCUUGGUUACAGUUAAAUUGCACGGGAGGAGAUUCAAGCACUGAACCAUAUAUUGCGUCACACUACCAACUUCUUGCUCAUGCGGCAGCUGUAAAAUUGUUCAAGGAGAAGUAUCAGGCAUCACAGAAGGGCAAGAUUGGAAUUACACUUAUAGCACAUUGGAUGAUACCUUAUUCAGAAACAAAGCAAGACCGGCAUGCUGCAAAAAGGGCUAUUGAUUUCAUGUUUGGAUGGUUCAUGCACCCACUAACAAAGGGUGAUUACCCUCAAACCAUGCGAAAUCUCGUGGGGGAGCGACUUCCAAAGUUCUCAAUUGAGGAAUCCAAAUUGUUGAAAGGAUCAUUUGAUUUUCUUGGGCUGAACUACUACACUGCUAAUUAUGCAUCACAUGCACCUAAAUCCAAUGCUAUAAACAUGAGUUAUUACACAGAUUCUUGGGCUAACAUCACAAAUCAGCGGAAUGGGAGACUAAUUGGUGAACAGGCUGCUUCAAGUUGGUUGUGUGUUUACCCAAAAGGGUUUUAUGAUCUUCUCCUCUACACAAAGAAAAAGUACAACAAUCCAGUUAUUUACAUUACAGAGAAUGGAUAUGAUGAAAUGAAUAACAACAAAUUAUCACUUGAAGAAGCCCUCGUCGACAAGAAGAGGGUAGAUUACUUUUAUCAGCACCUUUCUUUCCUUCAACAAGCAAUCAAGGAUGGUGUUAAUGUGAAAGGAUACUUUGCAUGGUCAUUGCUGGAUAAUUUUGAAUGGGACUCAGGCUACACUGUUCGAUUUGGUAUCAACUAUGUUGACUACAAGAAUGGUUUGAAAAGAUACCCCAAACUUUCAGCCAAAUGGUUCAAGAGUUUCCUCAAACAUGGAGACAAACAUUAAGAACACAACAUUCCUGUAAUAAUUUACACGCUUUCAUUGCAUGAGUAUGCAGAAUAAAGUGAUUUUCCUUCUUUCUCUUUU